UGAGAACUUCGUACAAGCUUAAUAGUAGUAGUAUAACUUCGAGUUGAUUCAUUGGGGCCUUUAAGCUUGUUGCUUCUAUGGGCCUAAGUCCAGAAAAGGACGUUUGUCUCUCUCUGCCGCCAGUCUAAUAAGAUAAUGGAAAAACAGAUAAUCCAGAGAGUUGAAAUUUUGACACCAAUGGCCGGUGAAGCUCCAUCAUCCUCAAUGUCAUCUCUAGCUUCAGAAAUAUGCAGUCACAUAGCCUCCAUCUUCUCCAAACCUACAGAGCCUCAUCCACCACCGUUGGACCUUAUGGUCACCACUCUCUCCGCCACUGCCUCCAAGAACGGCCGCAUCUUCCUGUAUGGAGUAGGCCGGGAAGGGCUCAUGCUUAAGGGUCUAUGCAUGAGGCUGGCUCACCUAGGCCUCUCCACCCACUUCAUCUUCGACAUGACCACUCCCCCAAUCGCCCCUAACGAUCUCCUCAUCGCCUCUGCAGGACCUGGUGGAUUCUCCACGGUUGAUGCUUUAUGCUCUCUGGCAAGAUCUUAUGGUGCCAAAGUUCUGCUGCUGACCGCUCAGCCUGAGACAGGAUCGUGUGUAGAGCAUGCCAGCGUCGUUUGCUAUGUGCCUGCACAGACUAUGGCUAAUGAUAAGGUGGAGGAUGAGGCGCAUUCAAGGGCUUUGCUGCCUAUGGGAAGUGUUUACGAAGGAGCUCUGUUUGUAUUGUUUGAAAUGCUUGUUUAUAGAUUGGGUGAUGUUUUAGGACAGAGUCCUGAGGCCAUCCGAAAUCGACAUACCAAUCUAGAAUGAUGUAGUAGCUAAAGCUGCUGGUGAGCUCGAGUUCUUGCAUAAAUUAAGGACAGCUUUAUAUGUGUGUCUUGUUAAAUUAUUUGAUGCAUUUAGUAGAAAACAUUUUGAGCA